AUGAGCUCAGCACAAGCCAAGGGUGCAAACGCCCCAGACGAUGACGAAGAAGACGACUACAUGAACAUGAGCUUCGCAGAGCCGGAGCCCACAAAGGAGACAUCCAUCCAGCGGAUACAAAGACUGAAGCGAGAGUCCCGGGCCCGCGGGAUGAUCAAGUCCAAGGCGGAGCGUGAGGCGGACGAGGCGGCAGCACGGGAGAAGGCGCUGUCGACAUCGUUGCUCGACGACCCGCGGGCCAAGAAGAGCAAAGGUCUGGCCAUGAUGGCCAAGAUGGGCUUCUCGGGGGGCUCUCUGGGCGCUCAGAAGCCUUCGGUUGAGCAAGGCCGGACGGAGCCCAUCCACGUGAACAUCAAGGAGGACAGGGGAGGCAUAGGGCUCGACAGCGAGAGGAAGCGCAAGAUGCGCGAGGCGGCGGAGGAGCAGGAAUCGUCCGGCGGCAUCAAGGUGGCCAAGAUCGACCCGCUGGAGUACCGGGAUCGCGUGAGGCGAGAGCGCGAGGAGGCAAGGCACGAGAAGCAGUUUUACGCGGCGCAGAGGAUGGCAGAGCGUCUAGACGACAAGCAGGACUCGCAGGACUCUGAAGAUCAUUCGGAUGACGACGACGACAACGAGAAGAAAGAAGGGGAGGAGAAGAAGAAGGAGAAGCGCCGGCCCUUGGACUCGCGGCCGCUGAAGUCGAUACCCGUCAUAUAUCGGGGCCUUGUACGCCACCGCGCCGAGCAGGAGCGCGAACGACGCAUGAGGCGUGACCUGGAGCAGUCGCUCUCGCGGCUGCCCACAUACGACGACGAUGACGAGGACAACGACGACAAGAGGGCCCUAGGGAAGGACAGGGUCGUCUAUGUCGAGACGGAGGAGCUCGAGGACGAGGAUGAGGAGCUGGACGAGUUCAACGCGCUGAGCUUCGCAGAGAGGCUAGGCAGGGUGCUGGACUAUCUGCGUUCUAGUCACCAGUACUGCUUCUGGUGUAAGGCUGGAUAUCCUGAUGGAGAGAUGGAUGGCUGUCCGGGCUUGACGGAGGAGGAUCACGAUUGA